AUGUCAUUUCAAAUUCCUGUAACUGAAAUCCUAUUACAGGAACCUGAACUAUAUUAUUCUACUCCUGGGGGUAAAUUAUUAAGUGGCCCUCAUUACAUUGGUGAUAAAUUAUAUCAUGUAGUUAUUGAUGAUAGAGAAUAUCCAAAAGAAUUUGUCAAUAUAAGUAUAAUUGAUAAUAAAUUGCAUAGAUUACGUCUUACAGAAAAAAAUAUUAAAUUUCAAUUGAAUCAUCAAGGAUAUGACAAUGAUUCCAUUGCAAAAGUGUACGAUAAAAUAUUUGAACUGCUAUAUAAGCAUGAAUUUCAGGUGAUCAAAACGUAUGGUUCUUUUGCAUUUGAAUUUGAAAUCUCUGGUAAAAUUAAGCUGAGUAUAAAUGAUCCUGUUGAAAUGGAUGAAGAAGGAGAUCAAAUGGAAGGAUUAUUUAAUGUGAUCGAUUGUGAUGCAAACCGUAUUGCCGCUUUACAACAUUUAAAUAAUCAAUUGAUAGAUAUUAUUAAAUCCAAAGAUCUAGUUAUUGAGACGUUACAGAAUAUGGUGGAAGAUGUAGAUUCCAAGAUGAUUGAAAGAUGGAUUCCAAAAAAUACCAAAAAUCAUGAACAUCUUACCCCUUUUGAUUAUCAAAAAUGGAUUCAAAACCAAAAAAAGUUCACUAAGGAUUCACAAGAAACCAAAAGCUUAUUAGAAUCAUCUAAUAAGGUUUUUAAUAGUCUUUCAUCAAGUGACGAUGAAAAUAAAAAUGAUGAGGAUGAAGAAAGUGAUGUUGAUUUUGGCAAGGUCUGGACUAAAGAAGAUUAUGCAAAAUAUGAAAGGAAACGUAAAAGAAAAGGGGAAGAAGAAGAUACAAGAUCAUUUGAUGAGAAAUUAACUGACAUGGCUGAACAAGCUGCUUCUCGUAAGAAACGAUCCUUUGGUAGAAUCCAGCCUGGCAAAUGA